GCCCCGGGCUUCGGGCUCUGCCAUGGCGGCUGCCGCGGCGCGCUGGAACCAUGUGUGGGUCGGCACCGAGACCGGCAUCCUGAAAGGGGUGAAUCUUGGGCGCAGGCAGGCGGCGAACUUCACGGCGACGGGACAGCCGCGGCGGGAGGAGGCGGUGAGCGCCCUGUGCUGGGGCGCGGGCGGCGAGGCGCAGAUCCUGGUGGGCUGCGCGGAUGGGACCGUGAAGCGCUUCGACACGGCUGAGGGCAUUUUCCAAGGCCAGAGACAUUGCCCCGGCGGGGAGGGCACGUUCCGAGGUCUCGCCCAGGCCGAGGGCAACCUCAUCACAUGUGUGGAUUCGGGGAUCCUCAGAGUUUGGCGUGAGGAUGAGAAGGAGCCAUCAUCUGACCCCCUCUUGGAACUGAAGGUGGGUCCUGAGGUGUGUAGAAUGCGCCAAGACCCAGCUCACCCGCACAUGGUUGCCACUGGUGGGAAGGAGAAUGCUCUGAAAGUGUGGGACCUGCAGGGAUCUCAAGAGCCUGUGUUCAGAGCCAAGAAUGUGCGGAAUGACUGGCUCAAUCUGCGGGUUCCCAUCUGGGAACAAGAUAUACAGUUCCUCCCUGAUUCACAAAAGCUUGUCACGUGCACGGGAUACCACCAGGUACGCAUCUAUGACCCAGCCUCACCCCAGCGCAGGCCAGUCCUGGAGGCCACCUAUGGGGAGUACCCCCUGACUGCCAUGACCCUCACUCCUGAGGGCAAUUCUGUCAUUGUUGGAAACACUCACGGGCAGCUAGCAGAAAUUGAUUUUCGCCAAGGGCGCCUACUGGGCUGUCUGAAGGGGCUGGCAGGCAGUGUCCGCAGUCUGCAGUGCCACCCUGCGAAGCCCUUACUGGCCUCCUGUGGCUUGGACAGAGUCUUGAGGAUACACAGGAUCCGGAAUCCACGUGGCUUGGAGCAUAAGAUUUAUCUCAAGUCUCGGCUGAACUGCCUCCUCCUGUCAGGCAGGGAUAACUGGGAGGAUGAGCCACAAGAACAAGAGCCCGAUAAGGCACCCUUAGAAGACACAGAGACCGAUGAACUUUGGGCCUCCUUGGAGGCAGCAGCCAAGCGGAAGCUUCCUGAUUUGGACCCCACUCAAGGGGCUCAUCAAACCAGGAGGAAAAAAAAGCGGCCUGGGUCCACCAGCUCUUGAAGACCCAGUGCCCACUCUGUAAAUAAACAGCUAAUACC